CAAUUAAUUAUGCAAAUUAGCGUCAUUCCGACAUUUACCUCGCCUGUAAACCCGUACAGAUCAUCAUGUCGGCAGAUUCUCAAUACGCUGGUUAUGGCGCCACCCAACAGUCGUAUGGGUAUGGAGCCACUACUGGAUAUCAACAGCAAGCAGCUCAACCUGCAGCCACCAGUGGUUACCAACAACCAGGACAGUAUGCAGCGCAAGGAUAUGGUCAAGCAGCAGCCCCUGCACCAGCAGCUGUAGCAGCAGCACCCCAGGCCUCCACUGGGUAUGAUUAUUCUCAGCAACCACAAGCCCAAGGUCAACAAGCAUACUCCUCCACCUCAUACGCUACUCAGCCAGCGGCACAGCAGCAACAACAGUCAUAUUCUACUGGCUUCAGUCAACAGAGCACUGCCAGCACAGGAUAUGCCCAGCCCCAAGCAGCCCAGCCAGCCUACAGCCAGCCAGCCAGUGGCCAGUCAAGCUACAGCCAACCCCCAGCCCAGCCGCAGACCCAGGGCUACCAACAGCAGAGCCAGCCAGGAGGUGGUGGUUACAACCAAGGUCAGUCUGGUGGUGGUAGUGGUGGUGGUGGAUAUCAAAGUGGUGGUAGUGGUGGUGGACAGUAUGGUCAAGAUCAGUCACAAGGUGGUUAUCAACAACAGAGUUCGGGAGGCAACAGCUGCUAUAGCCAACCACAAGUCCAGCAGUCAGGUGGUUACCAACAGCAGCAGCAGCAGAACUCCGGAGGGUACAGCCAACCGCAAGGCCAGCAGUCAGGUGGUGGUGGUGGUGGUGGAUACCAACAAGGUGGUGGAUAUCAACAAGGCGGGUUCAACCAGCGACCUGGAGGGCCUGGGCCACAAGGUGGUGGUGGUGGUGGGGGCGGAUACAGACCCCCUCCUCAGGGUGGGCCGAGUGGUGGCGGAGGUGGAUAUAACCGAGGUCGGGAUGAUGGCGGCCGUGGAGGCGGUUACGGAGGACGUGGCGGUCGCGAUGGUGGAUUUGGUGAUCGCGGUGGCGGCAGGGGUGGAUUCAAUAAGUAUGGUGGUAAGUCUAGGUCACCCGCCUCAGGUGAUGGUGGCGGAGGAUUUGGCAGCAGAGACUCUGACAACGGAUACAACAAAGGAGGAGGAGAAAUGGAAGUACAACACGACACUGUUUUCAUCAGUGGGAUGCAACCAAAUGCUGUGGAUGAAGGCAAGAUCAAGGAACACUUUGGACAAAUUGGUAUCAUCAAGCUUGACAAGAGAACCCAGAAGGAUAGGAUCUGGAUCUACAGGAACAAGCAAACACAUGAACCUACAGGAGAGGCCACAGUUACCUAUGAUGAUCCCCAUACUGCCACAUCUGCUAUUGAAUGGUUCAAUGGCAAGCCAUUCGCAGGCGGUACUAUCAAAGUAGAACUUGCACAGCGUCCAGCCAACCGAGGUGGCGGCCGUGGAGGUCGCGGCGGUGGAAGGGGCUUCGAUAGGGGUGGACGAGGACGCGGUGGCAUGGAUAGGGGAGGCCGUGGUGGUGGCGGACGUGGAGGAGGAAGGGGAGGACCCGGCGGAGGUGGAGGCUCACACCGAGAUGGGGAUUGGGAAUGCUCUACAGCGCACACGAGAGCAAUUCAUCCGCGCGCAAAGCAUGCUGGACAGGCUGAUUGUGGCAACAAAAACUUUGGAUGGCGACAAAACUGUAACAGAUGUUCAACUCCCAAGGAAGGAGGUGGUGGUGGUGGCCAAGACAUGGGUGGCGGCAUGAGAGGAGGCCGUGGUGGUGGAUUCCGUGGUCGCGGCGGUGACCGGGGAGGACCUGGUGAUCGCGGUGGCCGUGGAGGCUUCGGUGGUGAUCGUGGAGGUCGUGGAGGCUUUGGAGGAGGACGAGGAGGUGGAUUCCGUGGUGGGCGUGGAGGACCAGGGGGUCCAGGCUUCAAGAUGGGCGGUGAUAGAAUGGGCGACAGAAGAGAUAGGAGGGAUAGACCUUAUUAAAUUCAUUCAGGUUUUACCCUGUGUAUAGAUGGACACUGCACAACUGACCGUUUUUAACGAUUAAAUGGAUCGAAACCAACUUUUAAUCUCAUCUACUGGGAAGUGUUGAAAGCUUCUGUGGGCAUCCAAACUUGUGAUAUUCGCUUUGUGCCAAGGCUGUAAAUAUUCUGAAAUGUGUACCUUAAUUCACUCAAAGUUCUCAAAUUUAUUGUCGUAUGCAAUUUAUCGAAAUAGAAUCCGUCAGCACAGAAGUAAUUGUAAUCAUGGUUCGAUUCGAUGUAAGUUUUUUAGGUGCACUUAAAUACCAAACAAAGCCAAUAUCACUCUUGUUCAACUGUGGACCAGAUACACAACUGCCAACUGUCCCAAUUUAUCAGGCACAGUCAUACUUUUGGAGAACAACAGCAGUUUUUAUUUAAAAAAAAGUCAGGUAGCUGUUGAGUAAAAAUCUAUAGUGUUGUAUAGUAAUUUCACAACUUUCACAAACUCUCCUCCCCCUCCCCCCCCCCCCCCAUUCUUGACUGAAAUUGGCAGGUGUGGGAUAUUCACCUUUUUUGAAGAGGUUAGUUGCUUAUAUUUGUGGGUUUGUAAUAGAGAAAAUAUACUUUCCAUCACUACAUGAUAUGAAAAUAGAUUUCUCUUAAUACCAUGUGUGGGCAUCAAUCACUGUUGGAGUAAGAUUGGUUAUUUUCAGGAAUGAAUUACACAGAUUUUAAGGGAACUUUUCUAAAAAAAAAUUGCUGAAUGUUUUUAUUCCAGUAACUACAGUUGAGCUUUGUUUUCAUGUAUAUUGUAACUGUUUUUUCCUUAUUUUUAAUAUGUCAUUGUUAAUGUUCGUUGUAGAAUAAAGUAAAAGUGGUUAUAUUCCUGA